AUGCAGAAGGUAGAUCAUUCAGUGUCUACAAAAACUUCAGAAGAUGUUAUAGCGGAGAAAAUUCUGAAAAGGGUGCGAAUCGCCAAGUUGACAAGACAGUUAAAGUCGCGUUUGUUCAAGGCGGGAUUAAAGGUCAGAGUGAGUCAAGGGAAAUUGGCACCUGAAUCAGUUGAUGCUGUUUUAGCGCCAGAAUUAAGCUCUUCACCAUUAAAGGGGCCUCCACCUGAAAUAUCACACCAAUCGGCACGAAAAAGGAAUGUCCCAGUUAAGCUCUCCGAAGCUGCAAGUCUUCCUAUUACACCCGUGAAGAGGCAUUCCAAAAGUGAGAGUAAAGAAGACAGAGAACUAUCGUACUCAUCUCCAACUAAGAAGUCACGUUCGAAUGCCAACAUUCCGUCGUCACCUUUUUAUGUUACAAGCAGUCCUUCAGCGUCAAAUGAUGUGGUUACGCGGACUAGCAUGUUGUCAAAUCUGCAGAAUUCGACGGAGACUUCCACAGUGCAGAACUCUUCCGUCCCCCAGACACCACCUCCUAAUAAAUUUGCCUCCCUAAAUACAACUCCUUCUAUAAAAACGCCAAGUGGAAUCAAGCAUGGUUUGUCCUAUCAUGGUAAUAAGCGAGCCUCCGCACCUUCGAAUGUGGCUGGUAUUUUAUCAACCCCCAAGGCGUCUGUUAUAAAUAAGACGAAGGAUUUCACUACUCCCACCUCAAAAUUUAUCAAUGACAAUGAAGAAGGUGCUGAUUUGUUGUUAUACUUGUCUAACUCUCCUGCAAGAACAACUACAUCGAAUAAAGACAGUAAGGAGUAUAAUUCCUACAUAAAUAUACCUUCAACGCCAAAAGCAUCUACAUCGGCAUUGCAAUUUUCGAGCACACCAACAUUUAACCUCGAAUCUACCCCACCAAGGAGUGUAAAUAUUCUUCCGAUUCCAUACUCGACACCCUCGGCCGUGCUGUCAUCGCAAUCACGUCUUGAAAAUUCCAAUCCUGCGAUGUUACCAUUGUUGGGAACUCCAAAUGGAACAUCAAAAUUUCAUUCACCAGCAACGCCGAACAAUAAACUCGCAAUGGGUGCUAAUAAUAAGACGCCAGCAUUCAGCAUGAGUGAUUAUGUUAACAUAUUUACUCCAUCUCCUCGUUAUUCAAAAACACCCGAAAUAGGGCAUGGUUUUCCCAAACCAGCUUCGUCUACAAAGGAUGCUUCAAAGUGA